ACUUAUUAAUAUAUCUCCAGUGUUAUGGGCUCUGGUACGAGUCGAAAUAUGAGCGUUAAAACAGUAUUAAACGCUGCAAAACAGAUACAGAAACUGGAAAGUAGCAUACAACAAGAUAGCUCAUUUUAUGUGGAACAACUAUCGGAGAAAACGAAACCUCUUUAUGAGAGUUCAAAAAAUAAUAUGGAUGAAACUUUAAUUAUGCUAGAAGGAUCUAUAGCAGAUGAGAGCUUCCACGACAUGGAAGAAGCUAUAAAUUCUUUAACUGCGCUUACAUUUACUCGAAUAGCGCCAAAAGAGAAAAAAAAACUAGUUAAAGCGUUAGCAAUUGAUUUAGUAAACGCAAAGAUUUUGGCAACUAUUUUUAAGUUAUACAAGACGUAUUACAAAGAUAAGCCAAGUUUGGCUUCUUCUAUAGAAUCUUUAUUAAUUGAAUGGGCAGACGGAUCGAUGGAAUUCUCAUACGCCUUCUGCAGGGUGGAUGGAGCUAUUAAAUUUUUUGUUGAAUGUGCUGAUGUAUCACCUCAGGAGAUAUUGGUUAGUUAAAUAUAGUAAUAGUGAUAUUAAUCUUUUAUUUUAUAAUCUUUCCAAUAGUCGAAUAGUAAUCAGAUGGAACAGAUUUUAACAGUAUUGUAUAACUGUGCUCGAUUUACUGAAUGUAAAAUGCUUUUAAAAUGCCAUAAUAGUGUGGAUAUUUUAUUCAAAUAUACAAAGAUAAAAAAUUCAGAUUUGAAACUACUAGCAGUAUUAUUUCUGGCUAAUAUUGUUGAUGAAAAUCAAUCAGAACUAUUUCAACAAGAGACAUCUGGCAUAAAAUAUCUAAUAAUUACUUUUAUUCAAACAAUAAAGAGCAAAUCCAAAAGAUUUGGUGGCUGGUCUGCUGAGGAGCUUGCGCAAGGUAUAUCAAAACUCGCAAUAAAUGAUAAGAAUAAAAAGUUAUUGGUUGAGAAUGGAACACUACCUCCUCUCUAUAAAUUAAUUGAUAUUGGCGAUGAUGAUGAAAUAAACGUCAGCUGUCAGGCGAUUUGGAAUUUAGCUUUUGAAGCUGAAAAUAAAGAGAUAAUUUUCAAGAAUAAAUCUUUAAUGGAUACUAUUAGAAAACUUUCACAAUCGAACAAAGCAUAUCAAAAAGCUGCUCAGGGAAUCAUUUUUCUCUAUGAAGAAUAUGAGGAUAGUAAAAAGUCAAAAGACCAACGGAAAUCAUCUAUUGUUAAUUCGGACACGGGACAUAUAAUGAUCAGUUAUCAAUGGGGUAAUCAAAAUGUUUUAAAACAACUUAGCGGCUUCCUUAAGAAACAUGAUUAUAAAAUAUGGAUGGAUAUAGAGAAUAUGGGUGGUUCUACUCUUCAAGCCAUGGCAGAGGCCGUUGAACAAUCAUCCAUUAUUCUUCUAUGUAUUUCGGAAAAGUAUAAAGAGAGUCCUAAUUGUCGUAUGGAGGCCGAAUACGCAUUGAGAAGAAACAAAAGAUUCAUUCCACUCCUAAUGGAAAGAGGCUAUCAACCAGACGGAUGGCUUGGUAUUAUGGUUGGAACUCGGCUCUAUUAUGACUUUUCGGGAAAGUAUGCUUUUGAUGAAAAAGCAACAGAAUUAGUAAGAGAAUUAGGAAAUGAAGGAAAGGCUUCCACAAAAAAUUCAAAUCACAUUAUGAAGCAAAUUAAUUCUUCCUCAACAACGGCAGCUCCACCGUAUAUUAGUAAUGCUCCUGUUGUAAGAGCAAAUCAAAUGCCAUCUUUAAAAAGCUGGAAUAAACAAGAUUUAGAAAACUGGAUUAAUUCCAAUAACCUGCAAAAAUUUUUCACUUCGGCAACGAUGUCAGUUGAAAAGCUAAUUUUUCUUCAAUCGUUAAAGAGGGAAGCACCUGAAUUCUUUUAUAAAACCGUGAAGGAUGAAUAUAAAAUGAAAGGAAUUGAUGACAUUAUGCUAUUCUCAGAUAGCUUUAAGAAAUUACCUUGAAACUCCACUUGCAUUUUGCCUACACUUGUUAUUGUUAUAUUAUUAAUAUAUAGUAACUAAUACUCUUUUCAAUAAACAUCUAAGAUCGUCUUGAAGUUUUGUAGUAAAAUUUUUUGUCAAUAGGAAUUGGUUAUGGUUUUUGAUGAAGUAAAGCAUAAGUGAAAGAAACCAAAUGGUUUGGACUUAUUACCUGAAAUUUGACCAGUUGAUCCUUGCGUAGAGGCAGCUGUACUGGAUUGAAUAGUUGAUCCUUGCGUCGAGGUAUCUGUAUCGGAUUGAAUAGUUGAUCCUUGUGUCGAGGUAUCUGUAUUGGAUUGAAUAGUUGAUCCUUGCGUCGAGGUAUCUGUAUCGGAUUGAAUAGUUGAUUCUUGCGCUGAGGUAUCUGUACUGGAUUGAACAUUUAAUCCUUGCGUCGAGGUAUCUGUACUGAAUUGAAUAGUUGAUUCUUGCGUAGUGGCCACCGUACUAGAUUGAACAGUUGAUGUUGUGAAUAAAAUUGAUGAAUCGCCAGGAUGUGUUGGUGGUGUAUGUGGUGAAUUCCCAUGAUGUAUUGGUGGCGUAUGUGGUGAAUCGCCAGAGUGUCCUGGUCCAGCAGGUGUUUGGAAUCCAGUAACAAUUAUAAAACUAAUUUGAUGGGCUGUUGAUAUGAGACGAAUAUACAGUAUACAUAUUGAAAAAUUUUAAGAAAACUUAAAUAAAAAACUUGCAUAAAAUUAAAUAUAGCAGCAUUGUUGAGUAUAAAGCAUAACAGCUAGUUUUUGCCAUAUUAUCACCAAAGCAUAAGCACAAACUGAGUAGAACUUUCUUCCAGCGUACAGUUAAACUCUAAGUAGAGGAUUAAUGUUUGAUUACUGUUUAC